CUCCAAACCCCAUUCCGUUUCCGAGUUCCGACCCGCGCCGCCACGCCACGCUACAUCCCGAGCUCUCACCGAGAGACCCAAAACCCUUUCCACCGAUGGCCACCGCCGUAGCCGCCGCCGGCGGUGGCGGCGGCGGCGAGCAGCCGCGCAGGAGGAAGCCGGCGCCGGGGAGAGGGGGAGUGGUGCUCCCCGCGGGGCUGUCGGAGGAGGAGGCGCGGGUGCGGGCCAUCGCGGAGAUCGUGUCGGCGAUGGGGGAGCUCUCGCGGCGAGGGGAGGACGUGGACCUGAACGCGCUCAAGUCGGCCGCGUGCCGGAGGUACGGGCUGGCGCGGGCGCCGAAGCUGGUGGAGAUGAUCGCGGCGGUGCCGGAGGCCGACCGCGCCGCGCUGCUCCCAAGGCUGCGCGCCAAGCCCGUGCGCACGGCGUCGGGCAUUGCCGUGGUCGCCGUGAUGUCGAAGCCGCACCGGUGCCCCCACAUCGCCACCACGGGGAACAUCUGCGUGUACUGCCCCGGAGGCCCCGACUCCGACUUCGAGUACAGCACCCAGUCCUACACCGGCUACGAGCCCACCAGCAUGCGCGCCAUUCGAGCAAGGUACAAUCCAUAUGUGCAGGCCAGAAGCAGGAUAGAUCAGCUCAAAAGGCUAGGCCAUAGUGUAGACAAGGUCGAAUUCAUAUUGAUGGGUGGAACUUUCAUGUCAUUACCAGCUGAUUAUCGGGAUUAUUUCAUUAGAAAUCUUCAUGAUGCCUUAUCGGGACACACUUCUGCUAAUGUUGAAGAGGCUGUUUGUUAUUCAGAACAUGGUGCAGUCAAAUGUAUUGGCAUGACAAUUGAGACGAGACCUGAUUAUUGCUUGGGGCCUCAUUUGCGCCAGAUGCUAUCUUAUGGUUGUACCCGCUUAGAAAUUGGUGUUCAGAGCACAUACGAGGAUGUUGCACGUGACACAAACAGAGGUCACACUGUAGCUGCUGUUGCUGAUUGCUUUUGUUUGGCUAAAGAUGCUGGUUUUAAGGUGGUCGCCCACAUGAUGCCAGAUUUACCUAAUGUUGGAGUUGAAAGAGAUCUGGAAAGUUUCCGAGAAUUUUUUGAAAAUCCAGCAUUCCGAGCUGAUGGUCUAAAGAUUUAUCCAACUCUUGUGAUUCGUGGAACUGGCCUUUAUGAGCUCUGGAAAACUGGCAGAUACCGAAACUAUCCACCUGAACUUCUGGUGGAUAUUGUUGCAAGAAUUCUAUCCAUGGUACCACCUUGGACACGAGUUUACCGUGUACAAAGAGAUAUCCCUAUGCCUCUUGUUACUUCUGGUGUUGAAAAAGGUAAUCUUCGUGAGCUUGCUUUGGCUCGAAUGGAAGAUUUAGGCUUGAAGUGCCGAGAUGUUAGAACUCGUGAGGCGGGAAUUCAGGAUAUCCAUCACAAAAUUAGACCUGACGAAGUAGAGCUUGUUAGGCGUGACUAUGCUGCAAAUGAGGGCUGGGAGACCUUUCUCUCAUACGAGGAUACACAGCAGGAUAUCCUUAUUGGUCUGCUGCGAUUGCGAAAAUGUGGCCGCAAUGUUACAUGCCCUGAGCUAGUAGGGAGGUGUUCAAUUGUCCGUGAACUUCAUGUAUAUGGAACUGCAGUCCCUGUACAUGGUCGUGAUGCAGACAAACUACAACACCAGGGUUAUGGUACUCUUUUGAUGGAAGAAGCAGAAAGAAUUGCUCGCAAGGAGCAUCGUUCAAAGAAAAUCGCUGUUAUAUCAGGAGUUGGGACUCGCCACUACUACCGUAAACUGGGUUAUGAACUUGAGGGGCCUUACAUGGUCAAAUGUCUGGUCUAAUAACUUCUAUUUAUGGAUGCUUGUACUCCAGCAGCAUUGUCACUGUAGUAUGGGUUUUGUACACCAGUGUAACUUUUUUUUUAUAUGAAUGAGUAAACACACCUCCUUUCAAAAAAUGAGUAAACAUAACAUUUGAUUACAUACA